AUGGAGGAUGUUGGGCGUGUACCCGCUGACAUCUCGCCCCUCGCAAACGUCGAGCCCGCGACGGUCCCCACGCUCGAUGGCUGGAUUGAGAGCUUGAUGAACUGCAAGCAGCUAUCCGAACUUGACGUCUCAAGACUCUGCGAUAAGGCGCGAGAGGUUCUUCAGGAAGAGUCAAACGUACAACCAGUCAAAUGCCCCGUAACUGUGUGCGGCGACAUCCAUGGCCAGUUCCACGACCUCAUGGAGCUUUUCAAAAUUGGCGGUCCCAACCCCGAUACCAACUACCUCUUCAUGGGCGAUUACGUCGAUCGAGGAUACUACUCCGUCGAGACCGUCACGCUCCUUGUAGCACUCAAGAUUCGCUAUCCUUCUCGCAUCACCAUUCUCCGCGGCAACCACGAGUCGCGCCAAAUCACACAAGUAUACGGCUUCUACGAUGAGUGCUUGAGGAAGUACGGCAACGCCAACAACCAGAUCUUCUGCCUCCACGGCGGACUGUCGCCCAGCAUCGACACCCUCGACAACAUCCGCGCCCUCGACCGAAUUCAAGAGGACAUUUCGGAAGCUUUCAACCACAACAACGGCCUUACACUCAUCGCACGAGCUCACCAACUGGUCAUGGAGGGAUAUAACUGGUCCCAAGAUCGCCACGUGGUGACCAUCUUCUCUGCCCCCAAUUACUGCUACAGAUGUGGUAACCAAGCUGCCAUCAUGGAGAUUGAUGAGCAUCUCAAGUAUACCUUCCUGCAAUUCGAUCCCUGCCCGCGUGCCGGCGAACCCAUGGUCUCUCGACGAACCCCCGACUACUUCCUGUAA